UCGACAAUAAUUUUUUUUUUCUAUCAGGUUGCAAAUAAUUCAAAUUUUGGUCAACGUCAAUUACACAGUGAAGCUUUGAAGCUUUCGACGCUGCGGUAUUAUCGCGUUCAAUACAUUCAACUUUUAAGCUUAUUCUACAGUACUCUACUUAUUCAUCAGCAGCAGAAGUCAUAUUGACAGACUGCCUUUGGACUGCUCGCCGGUGCCGGUAAUGAACUAACCUUCAAAGCUUGUAAAUGUUGGAAAAUUAUUUAUAUGAGAAGUAUUGUUUGAGAUCGAGAGAUCGAGUAUAUGUAGUUCGAGUGACAUUUACUUUUGUUUACGUAAAUUUCGAUAAUUAAGUGAGUGAUUGCUGUGAUCUCUGUUUCCAUUGUAGCUGGAUUUUUUGAUCUCCGAGUAGCGUGUGUACUCCUGGAUUGAUAGUAAUGGUAAUUGUAUCUCAACAGUUCCUUCAUUCAUUAGAUCAUCACCUAUUUUAUUUAGAAGUCGUCCUCCUUCGCCGUGUACCAAUUUUUUUUGCCUCGAUACCUAACUGAGUGAUCGUCAGUAGAUCGCUACCUAAGUAUUUUAUCUAAAAGUGAUCGUCGUUCGUUGUGUCCUAAUUUUUUUUGCAUCAUUAUAGUUAUCCAAAAUCAGUAAAAUCUUAGAUCUAGUUUUUACACGCUAUUGCACGAUGGGUCAUUGAAGUUACAAUGAAAAACCAUACAUCGAGAAACUGAACUAUAUAGUGCUUCAUUUGACUCUAAACCGAAGAAAAUUUGAAUCGGAAUCCUUUACGUUGGGUUGUUCAUAGCCAUCGAAUGAUCAAAUCUUGGAGAAAGGAAAGCGAAACGAUUUCGUCGAUCCGGUCGUUAUUAUAUUCUUGUUGAAUAACGUUCAACUGUAGUCUAAAAAUGUUCUCCAUCUGCAAAGGUCACACACAUCUGUCGAAGCAGUUAUACUAUUUUCACGCAGGUACCACCGUAAAAACAUUUCCCAAUCUUCGAAGUCGGAAUUACUUCUCAGAAAAAUCAGAUCGCGGGCAAGAAACAAGAACAGCUGUGCUUUCUAGCUCACAAGAUUACGUUUGUUCGUCAAAGUUAGUCCAUUAUGCUCGUAACUCAAAUGCGAAGCAGGCAUUUCUUAGCUUGUCAAAUAACUCUAAUUUUUCUAAGGAAUUACGUUACGUGCACACAGAAAGUAACAAAGAGAGAAUCGCCAACUUCAACAGACACGCUGAUUUUUCCAAGCAGUUGAAUUCUACGAUGAAAAAUAAAAACUUGCCUGAAGAAAUUGGUAAUUUGAUGGAAGAAUGGCUCUUACGUUUCGAUUCUUUGAGUGGUAACGAAGCUAGUACAGUUUCCGGUACAUUCAACAGUUUAUUAAGAGCAAAUAUUUUUGGUACAGAAUGGAACUCCGAAUAUCGAGCAAAUUUCAAAAAAUUAAUCAUUAAAUUGGCUGAGAAAGGAGACCACUUAUUGGAUCCGAAUAGUCGGGCUUAUUCUAAGUUUAGCUCUCGGCAGGUUGAUAUUACUUUGAACGCGCUAUCCAAAUGGAGUGUGUUGAAUAGUAAUGUAUGGUCAGGUUGCGUUCAAAUUAAUAACCAGAAAAUCACCGAGAUCGAUUUAUUCAGAUCUGUGAUUGGUGGUUUGAUAUACCGAGGAAUUUUCAUACUAGAGAAUGAAACAUCUGAUCAAUUCGAUUUUCGAAGUAUCACCAAUUGUCUAAAUGCUCUAUCGAAAUGGAACAUUAACGAGUUCGAUGGGUCCAAGAAAUUCAUCGGUUGUUUGGUAAAACAAGGCAUAAAGGUUAUUGAUCAGUUCGAUUCUUUAGCUGUUACAAACAGCCUGAACGCUUUGUCCAGGUGGAAUAUAAGCGAUUUCGAAGAUGCCUCCAAAUUUAUUGUACUGCUGUUUGAACGAAAAAGUUCGACCGGUGAUAGACUGACUCCUCUGAGCAUCGCCAAAACCUUGAAUGGGAUGUCUAAAUGGAACGUCGAUGAAUUGCAAGGAGCUAAGGAGUUCAUAAUUUACUUAACGAUACGAGGAACUUUGGUGGCGAAUAAAUUCAAUUCCAUGGGGAUCGCGCACAGUUUGAACGCUUUGUCCAAGUGGAAUAUCGACGAGAUGCCAGAAGCUAGAGGUUUUAUUGUUUCGUUAAUCGAAUGUGGAAACUCUAUCAUUGAUACAUUCAUUUGCCAAGAUAUUGCCAACAGUUUAAAUGCGUUUUGCAAAUGGAAUAUUGAUGAAUUACCCGGCGCCAAAGAGUUCAUCAUUCGGUUAAUAAAACGGGGAAGCUCGACAGCCAGUGGUUUCAAUCCUCAAGGGAUCGCCAAUAGUUUGAACGCGUUGUCAAAAUGGAAUAUUCUCGAGUUAGAAGGAAGUAAAAAUUUCAUCGUACAAUUGGUCAGAUGUGGAAUUCUAACAGCUGAUACGUUCGACUCGUUGAAUAUUUCUAGCUCCUUGAAUGCGUUGUCCAAAUGGGAUAUCGACGAAUUAGAAAGAGCCAAGGAAUUUAUUACUCGAUUAAUAAAACGCGGUCGUUUGAUAAUCAAUAGAUUCACUCCGCGGCGUAUCGCCAACAGCUUGAACGCUCUCAGUAAAUGGAAUAUUGACGAGUACGAAGAAGCCAAAGAGUUUAUUAUUGAGCUACUGAAGCAGGGAAAUUCUUCAGUCGACAGAUUCAAUGCUCAAGCGACUGCUAAUAUUUUGAAUGCUCUGUCAAAGUGGGAAAUUAACGAGUUCGAAGGAGCUAGAGAAUUUAUCGUUCGUUUAAUUAAACAUGAAAAUUCAACGAUCGCCGGAUUUGAUGCCCAGAAUAUUGGUAAUUGCUUGAAUGCUCUCUCCAAGUGGAACGUCCGGGAAUUGGAAGGAGCUAUGGAAUUUAUUACAGAACUGGUCAAACAAGGGAAUUCAAUUUCUGGUGAAUUCGAUUCGCAAGGCGUCGUUAAUUGCUUGAAUGCCCUAUGCAAGUGGCACAUUGUUGGAAAACGAGAAGCUCGAGAUUUUAUCAUCAAUUUAAUAAUUCGUGGAAGUGCUAUCGUUGAUGAAUUUAAUCCUCAAGAAAUUUCCAGCGGUUUGAACUCGGUAUGUAAAUUGUACAUUUUUGAUGGCAAGAAAUGGAACAAUGAUCAAUUGAAAAGCUUUAAAUAUUUCAUUAUCAAACUUACAGAAAAAGGCACCGAAAUAUGUAGCGAGUUCGAUUCUCGAAACGUCGCUUUAAUGUUCUAUGCUUUUGCAGAACUGAAAAUUCUGAGUAAAGAAAAAUGGACGCCAGAUGAACGGAACUCGUUGAAAAAUUUCCUAGUCGGUAUUUCUAGUUUACAUGUUUCGUGUAAAAAUUGCACUCUCCAGGAGAUUUCAAGAAUAUAUAAAACGAUAUCGGAAAUGAAUAUUCUUCGUAAUGAUGAAUUCGACUCCAACCAGAUUAUUAAGUUCGUAGAUCUCGUGAAUAAUCUGGAAAAUCGACUUCUUACACUUGGAAAUGAACAGAAUUCGGUGAAACCUGACAUUAAUAUCAAACUUGCUGUUCAAAUUAUCAAAGAUUUACCCGAGUUCAGAUCUAAAAAUCUUAUUCUGUCUGAAAAUCUGUUACUGAUUUCGUUAAUGUGUUGUUUAAGUAGUAAUGUGGAGAAAUGCGAUACUUCCAGUUUGAAGAAAGAUUUGAUUCAAAGAAGUAUUUUGACUGGGUUGCAUGAUCUUUUAAAAAUUGUCAGUGAAAUGGAAGAUAGGCGCGGUUUGGUUGGAGCGUUUGAUGAGAGUUUGUCCAAAAUAUACAGUAAGCUGGUUGGAAUUGAUUUAAAUCAUAUUGAUGAAAUAGUAGAUUUAGUUUAUGAAUUUGAUAAAUUACAAGUAAUUAGAGAUAUGCAGUUUUUGUCGAGGUGAAUGAUCGUUUUUAAACUGUUAUAAUUUAGGUUUGAAAACUUAUUCAGUAGAACGUGUUAUUUUUUAGUAGGUAAUUGCUAUUUAAAAUUGAAAGAUCAAAAACAUGUGAAAUGUACAAAAAUGAAGGAUUUUUUUCUGCCCUGUUCAAAUUAUUUUAGAUUACCUGUGUUUUAUUUUCACAGUGUUCUUGUAAAUAUGUAAAUGUCAGAACUUUCCAUUUUGUUAUAAUUAUUCAAGUGUUUGUUUUGUUGUGUUUUUGUUAGUUUUUAUUUUUGUGUUUUUUUUUGCAUUUUUGCCGGAUAUAAUUUUCAAUAAAUCGAUGAAAUUGGAA